CGUGUCCUAAACGAUGGGGUUUCAUUCAUAAAUACUUUUAGCUUUAAAAAGACCACAUCAAAGUGCUCACAGGAGUGUUUUGUGUUGCUGCCUUCGGCCCUCCACCUCCUGCAUAGACCAGGCUGGUCGAGUAGCCAUGCAGCGCUUUCGUCCUGUUGCUCCAAGGCCAGCGGGCUGGCCCUGAGGGGGAAGCCCUGCUGCUCUGGUUUGGUCAACUCGGUGGCCUGAGGAUGCAGCAAGGGAGCUAAGGAGGAGAGUCCUGAGCUACAGCCUGAUACACACACAAAUCUAGAGCUGCUGCUGCUGCUCCUGCUACUGCUGCCGCUGCGCACUGCCCUCCAUCAGGGUAAGAUCACUGGGCUGGCAGAAAGCAGGAUGUGGUGCAGCAGUAUACUGCAAAGUAAAGCAUUCCAGUUCCAGUCUGAUCUGUGCUCUAGAAGCAGUUUUCUUGCUUAUCUGGUUUAUGGUUUAUGGAAAUCAGCCGACUGGCAGCAGGGGACUAGGUAACAGAUUAAAGACUGUGUUGCUCAAGUUGAGUGCUGCGGUGAUUGGUGGGCAAGCAUGAAGAGCUGAAUGCUGCUGGCAUGUUGCUUCGUCCUCGCUGGGGGGACUCUCUAGUAGGCUUGGACCAUGAGCAAUGAGUCUACCGUCUGGAACAUCCUACCAGAAAACUCCACAGAGAUCCCACUUGAGGCUGAGGAGCAGCAAUAUGGCUAUGUGCUCCUCCUGGUGAUCCUCUCUAUCUUUCUGGUAGGAACUCUGAUCAGCAUCUCUGUCUUCCUCGUUGUCUGCCGUCGCUGCUGUCGAGGAGGGCAGUUCUGUGCCAGGUGGGACAUAAAAAUGAUGCGGUCCAGCGAUGACCCCGAGAAAACUUCCACUUAUAUGGAGGAGUCUCAGCCCACCCAUGAAAUCACUAUCAGGGUGGAUGAGUCAGACUGCCUGUCCAUGUCCAGCUCUCACAACCAAGAAACAGAGCGCUUCCUGUCCACGGGCCCCACGGGUCGCCGUGUCUCCUUCAAUGAGGCUGCGCUCUUUGAUCACGGAAAGAAAACCCAAGAGAAGGGCCGCAGGUACACUCUGACCGAAGGCGACUUCCACCACCUGAAGAACGCACGGCUCACGAACCUUCACAUCCCCCCACCGGCACUCAAAAUAGUCACAAUUCAUGAGUGCGACUCGGCUGAAAACACCAUCACAAUUGCAACGCGGCCUGUUGCUAAAUCAGCGCUUUCCAUAUUCCAGCCAAUGCUGUGCCCCCUGCCACAAACUCCACUGAUCAGCCUAAGUGUGAAUCCCAGCAGCGCCCUUCCCGGGGAUGCUCUCAAUUCUGUGGUUGACAACAGCUUCCGUGAGAACUCUGUAGCUCUUGGCACAAUGGAACCAAGUUCCAGCUCUAUUGAGAUGAUGCGAGCGAGGCCCAGGGACAGAGGCAGCAGUGUCAGCGUUGGAGAGGCAGCGACAGCGAUGGGGAACAGUGGCAUCGGCCUUGCCGGCGGCAUUGCAGGAAGUCCGAGGCCUGUCUUGCAGUUUCUCACUAAACUGCGGCGCCAUGCUAGUUUGGAGGGGGCCAGCCCCUACUUCAAAAUAAAAAAGUGGAAGCUGGACAGCAGCCAGCGAGCAUCGAGCCUGGACACAAGAGGCUCUCCAAAGCGGAGGCAGUUCCAGCGCCAGAGAGCCGCCAGUGAAAGCAUGGACCAGGACGACAACACUCACCACAUUGACCUCAUCCAAUACAUCACAGGCACCCAGGAUGUCCCCUACUAUCAGAGCCAACCCACCACACGCCUCCUGUCACCCCCAUCCACACCACCCCCCUCCCUCGGCAGGGUAGAGGUUGAGGUGGUGGUGGAGCCCAGCUGCAGCCAUGCUGGGCCCGGGGUUAUUGGCCUGUCCCCUGAUCCUGAAGAAGAGAGCCUCUCUGUGAUGAGGAGGGAAAGCGGCUACUCCAUAGACUCCUUCCAACCCCAGGAUCCACAGUCACUUUACAGAGACAUCUGGACACUACGUGCAUCACUUGAGCAGUACGCUGCCUCUGACCAGAGCAGCAACGACAGGAACUCAGUUUGCAGUGAUGCUGACAGUGUUUGUUCACUGGGCCUACGCACAGAUGCUGAAAGAGUAGGGCUUCCCAGUUACCCAUCCCUGGACUUAGGGGAUGAGGCAGAGGGGGGGGAGGAAAACAAGGACUUAUUUGCUUAUCCGAAUGCUAAGUUGGGAAUACAAGAGUCAAGAAAGAGAAAACAGGGUAGCACAGAAUCAGAGGGAAGGGGUAGUGAUGGAGAAUCAGGUACUCGUAAACUUUUACAGAUGGACAGCGGGUAUGCGUCAAUAGAGGCUCCGUCUCGAGGUCCAGAGGACCUGAGACUGUUUAGCAGCAGCAGCAGCAGCAUCACUGGCAGCCCUAAAGACAGAACUGCCUAUGAAAAAAGGCAUCAUUUCACCAAUGCAGGGCGCACAGGCACUAUUGGUGAGAGUUUUGAGUCUCAUCUGUUCGAGGAGGAGCCUGAAGAUGAGUUGUUGCUGGGUGCCAGUGGAGGAGAUUCCAUUGAAAAAAGUGCUAGUGCUUUAAGCUGGCUGCCAUAUGGUCAGAUGCUCACCCUUCAAGAAUCUGCAAAACCUCCACCUCAGCCGACAACCCUUCAUCACCGUGACUACAGCAUAGAUGAGAAAACAGAUGCUCUCUUCCACGAGUACCUCCGCCAUGACCCUCAGUUUGACUUGCAAGAAUCACCAAGAAAACAUCGCUCCCACAUCCAACUUCGCAAGCAGUGGCAGCGCCACAAGCAGUGGAGCGACCCCGGCGUCAGACACUUCCAGUCCUCCUUUGAAAGACACCGGAUCCCUUUGCGAAGGGGGGAAAGUGUAAACUACCCCUUGGACACAAGCUACCAUAGUACACUGCCCCGCAUCGUCAGUGCACCUGAUGAGGAGACCAGCGAUGGAACUGGCAGCACUCCUGACAAUUCAAAAGUUGAGCCAAUGAUUGCUGAGUCUGCAGGAAAGGACAAGAAACUCACUGUCACAGGCUCAGAGGACCACACAUAUUCCUCUCUUCCAACUCUUCAACCUUCCAUAUCUGAAAAAGAUGGAGAGCUGGCUGAGCAACUCGAUACUCAGGAGGACAGCAAACAAUGCAGGCACCCUCCUGAACCCCCGGACGAGCGCUCCCCCUCUCACCCGACUGACUCCUCGGGUUAUGGCCCUCAAACUAUCACAGCAGAGCUCACAGACAAACUGACUGCUAACCUGGAUGAGAGGCUAUACACUGCCCUUCGUCAAACCAAGGACACAGCUGCCGAGUGUACAACCAUGAUGGCCACACAUGCCUCCCCAGACCACAGCCCAGUGUAGCAGGGCUCCAGUCAUCCGCUUUGUCAGCCUCACUUAACUUGAUACACAAUUUCUAUUGAUUUCAGUUUGCCUUCAUGACUUCUUUUGUGCAUGGCUUGAGUGGUGAAAUCUAGAGCCAUGAAUAAAACCUUGAACCAUUGUGCUUUGAACCAGUCCACGAUUGAAACCUUCAAACCAGGUGAUUAAAUGUUAACAUUUUAAACCUGUUUAAUAUUUCCAUUUUGGAGUUUACAAAUGAAGAUUAUCAUGGAAAACAAUAUAUUAGCAGAGUAACAUGCUAAAACAUUACACUGCUUUACUGAUAAAUGUGUCAUUUUGAGCCAUUUAUAUAUCUGGAUUCAGUUUUUGUCACCAAUGAUGUCUUUCCAGUAAGAAUACCUGAAGCUGAGGGCAGGUACAGCCUCUGCUCAGUGAUCCACUGUGAAACCAGGUGCUAUUGAACAAAUGGAAAGCUCUUGAUUUAGGUACAACAGUUAGCUGCUAGUCAUAGUUAGCUGUAAUAAAUAAUUGAUUAAAAUUUUAAUUAAUCUGUCAAAACCAUAUGAAGCAGAUUAAUCUCCAUGUUGGAAGAUUCUAGGUCACAUUAAACCUUCCAGGAAAAAGAACGAAUGAGGUUCAAACUGGUUGUUUAGACUGCCUUCAAAAAAUGAACGAUCUACAAGCUCACAAUCUUCUGAAAGGCAAGGCAGAUUUUUUGUAUUCUUAUGAAGGGAAGCUAAUUUUCUUUUUCUUUGCUCAGGUUGUUUCUCAACUUUAUUUCAUAUUUCUUAUUUACUUUUAAUUUAUUUAAUGGGAGGUCAUAUAUUUUAGAACAUCUGGCAAGCUUAAAGGACAAUUUAGAAACUGUCAAAGUGUAUAUGUAGGAGCUCAAUAAGCUCUUAGCACUCUGGGCAUCACUGACACACUGUGUGUCUGUCUUGGCAAGAAAAAUAGACCUCUUUUUACAGGUUUACAGUCAUCUUUUAGGCAGUCACAUAAAAGCUACUGAACAUGACGGGUAUAUUGUGCCAGACUCUCAAUACGUGCUUUAGCUUUCAGCAUACACUGAUCGAAACAUUAUGAGCACUGGCAGGCGAUGUGAAAAUGACCACUGGCAGGCUAUGUGAAAAACUCUCGCUUCUUUUAUAAACAAAUCAUGACGGCAUGGGAUUAAGACACAUUUUCAACAUCUGUUUGUGUUUUGUGAAAGGACUGAGGUGCUGAGGGAAGUUGAAGUCAACCAACCGUUGGCACUUCCCUGGCUCAUCAAGCGAGGUAGGCACCACCUGGGCUAGAUGACUUCUGAAAGAGUAAGCAGCUUCGCCAUUCGAGAGUAUGAUGAAGCAAUUGAAGCGGGUCUCUGUGGCCAGCUGGUUGGUGAAUGUUAGCCAAAAAACAAACGGGGGACCACCUCUGUGCAGUUUGACGUACAUUAUCUGUAGUCAUAAACACACAGGAUAAGUUGCUCUGAAGUGUGGCUAGCCAAAACAAAUCAUUGCACUUCAGCUAGGUAAAGACUUUUCAGGAGAAGGUACACCACACACCACAGAUGUGUUUACCCCCUAAGGAGAUUUCUGACAUUUUACGUGUAAUUCUCUAUAUCGACCUUGCAGACCUCCUUUGGUUUCAUGAUGCUAGCUUUAUUUUUUAAAGCUUACACAUGUUCGGGCUAUUGCUGGUUUUUAUGAAUGGCCAAAGUAGGCUUAGAGAGUGGCUUGUCAUUCUGGGUUCAUGGUGGAACUGUUUUGCAAGGGGGGCGUCUGAAUAUCUCUUCAUCAUGACACCCGUUACUCAAUGGGAAACAUUAGGCAGCAAAUAAAGAGUUUGUCUUUAAAGUUGACGUGUCAGAAGGAGUUUGAUAAGGGUGAAAUUAGUGCAUCUUGAUGACGGAGACAGAGCAACUCCAAAACUGCAGCUCUUGUGCAGCGUUCUUGGUCUGUAGAGGUCAGGAUCUAUCAAAAGUGGUCUUAAGGAGGUGAACUAGUAACAGGGAAGUGGCUCAUUUAUGCACGUGGGAAGCGAAGGCAGACCUGUGUGGUCCAACCCAACACAUGAGCUACUAUAGUUCAAAUUGUUCAAAUGUAAAUGCUUGUUCUGAGAGAAAGGUCUGAGAGAAUACAUAGUCAAUUGAAGUUUGCUGCAUGUGGGGUAACCUUGCUGACCCCGGCACCACCAAAAACCUCCAACAAUUAGUCAUUCAUGUGGAUUUUUCUUUGAGAUGUGCCACCUUCCAAGGCAUUGCUGUAGACCAUGUACAGACUUUCACAGAAUUACACAACAAGGAGUUUUCUGCUCGACCUGACCUCCAAAUUCCCAAGAUUUUAGUCCAGUCGAUCACCUGUGGGAUUUGUUGAACAAACAAGUCAGAUCCAUGGAGGACCUUACUCACAGUUUACAGGGAUCAAAGCAUUGGCUGCUAAAAAUUGAAGAAUGUAGUGGAGUCAGUGCCCCUACGGGUCAGGGGCAGCAAAAAGGGGACCAAUACACUAUAAGGCAGGUGGUCAUAUUAAACCUGAUUGGUAUAUGGUACUGUCAUCAUUGUGUUUCCUUUCCAGCCUGAAGAACUUAAUUCAAAACUGAACCAAACAGAGAUCAAAUUUUAUUCAGUCCAACUCUUAAUCCCCUGUUUACUCAUUUUGUGUGAUUCCAAUAAAUAUGAGCUGCUAUUCAAGUAAAACAACAUCCAUUAGAUUAUGCAGUAAGAAGAAAGAGAGGAAGCACUAUAGUAUGUUAUUAUUCCUGAGCAUCUCCUGAGUCAGUUUGAUCAUAUACUUGUUAUACCCAUAAUGUUUUCCUCAGAUGGGCUGUAAAGAUCCCUUUCCCUCAGAUGUGGAGCAAGAGGACAACUGCAGAUGAUGGGGAUGAAUAUUAAUCAUGAGAGGGGGAAGGAAGUCCUCCUUGUAGCCCCCCAAUCUCCGCUGUCUCCUUCUUUGAUGCUGUUGCCUUACAUUAACAGCAAAAGGCUUCUCCUCUGUUUGGGUGGAUGAUGAUGAUAAUGCCUCUUUCCAGAUUAGAUCUUCCCCUUCUGCAUGAAAAAAAAAAUCGUUUGUUAUGUCAAAGUGGGCAAGAGCAUUAUUCCUCACCUGACUGAGAUAAAAGGAGUUGAAUGCAAAUAAGAGAGCAUGGAGUCUCAAAGUGUUGUUCUCUCCUUUCAUUCACGCCACAUGCACAUUGAACCAUUAUCUCCCAAAUGUUAUGUCAUUAGCAAGAGGGUAAUAAGAUAACUUAAACACCAGUAGGGUAAAAGGUUUCUUAAGAAAGAGGAAAACAGCUGCUUUCCCUGCACAUCAAAAGCCUGAAACAUUUCUGAUCUGAGUCACUGGGAAAGUUUAGAAAUCACAAAGAAAAUGUCCACAUUGAUUGAGUGAAAUAGUGCCGAUGUAAAAAUGUUACAGUUUGCUGUGUAUUCAAGCACAAUAUUGCAAGAACUAGACUAAAUCAAUGUUCUUCAUUAGAUUUAGACUGAUGCUGUAACAGUGAAGUAAAUGGUGAUUGUAUACAAUCGGUAGCCUGUCAAAUGCAUUUGGUGCCAUAGCCACAUGUAGGACUGCAUGAGAGUUAACAUUUUAAAACAAAGUCUUUAUUCUUUCUCAGACUUAUAGUACAAAAUAAUGAAGUCCAUUAUUUAUAAUAAUUUGUUAAAGGCAGAGACUUUUUGUAUUUUAUGGAAACCACUUUCAAGAGCCAGACUCAAAUGAUGUAAACCAUUAGAUUGUGUGAGAUUUAUCUCUUAAAAAGUGAAUCGGUAUUCUUUGCUUGUUUGUAGACUUCAUUUCUUUAGGAAAGAAAACAUGAUACGCUUUCAUUGAAACUUUGCUUCUGUUAGGUCAAAUCUAUUUAAGCUUGAGGGACCAAAUUGUUGAAAAAGUGUUAUUUUAGGCUUGUUUUACAAUCUGUGAAUAAAUGAAUGAAGCUAA